UCGAGGAGGCCACUUCCAAAGCUGGGGCACCCCAAGAAGGCACCAGUGGCCAGGAUGUCCACAUGGAGCAUUCACCCCCUGAAGCCUGAGGCCUUGUGCCUGACUCCUGACCCAGAGUCCCCGAGCUGCCAGCGACACCACAUACUCCCCGCCAGCGAGUUCUGCUGCCUCACCCCAGAGGACGCCAUCAGCAUGUUUGAGAUUGAGCGUGAAGCCUUCGUCUCCGUCUCAGGCAUCUGCCCCCUGUACCUGGAGGAGAUCCGGCACUUCCUGACCCUGUGUCCAGAGAUGUCCCUGGGCUGGUUUGAGGAAGGCCACCUUGUGGCCUUUAUCAUCGGUUCACUUUGGGACAAGGAGAGACUCACUCAGGAGUCGCUGAUGCUGCACAGGCCCGGGGGCCGCACAGCUCACCUGCACGUGCUGGCUGUUCACCGCACCUUCCGGCAGCAGGGCAGGGGCUCCAUCCUGCUGUGGCGCUACCUGCACCACCUGGGUGGCCAGCCGGCCGUGCUCACGUGUGAGGAUUUGCUGGUGCCCUUCUACGAGAGGUUUGGCUUCCACGCCGUGGGCUCCCUCACCUUCACGGAGCUCUAGUGCUCCCUGCGGGGCGACGCCUCCCUGCGCAGGAACAGCGGCUGCUGA